AUGGAACAGCCCUCGGCCACCACGUUGCCCCACCAUCCAAAGAGCGGCGAACAGCAACCGGAAGGAAGCGCGGCUUCAGAAGCUGGCGCCCCAGCAGCCCCGAGCAAAAGUGCAUUGAAGAAGGCCGCCAAGGAGAAAGCGAAAGCAGAGAAAGCCGCUCAACGCGCCGCUCAAGAAAUGGCUCAGGCCCAGGCCAGCCAAGCUGCUGAUACCGCGAAGGAUCUAUAUGGCAAGAUGCCAGAUACGGACGACUUCCCCCAGAUUACGAAUUUCCCUCAAUUCGACACGGAGGAUUUCUACGAGAAGGAAGUCACGGUGAUUGCAAGAGUUGACAAUGCCCGCGUCCAGAGCGCAAAACUAGCAUUCUUGAUGCUCAGACAACAGGGGAAGAAAGUACAGGCAGUGAUCUUUGCUCAGGAACCUAUUUCGAAACAUAUGGUGAAAUGGACUGGUGGAUUGAAUGUCAACUCCAUUGUGCAGGUGACUGGUAUCGUCAAGAAGCCAGAGAUCCCCGUGAACUCAGCGACAUAUAGCACAAUGGAAUUGCACAUUAGAAAGAUCUACAUGAUUGCGCAGGCCGCCCAGCAACUUCCGAUGCAAGUCAAGGAUGCGGAACGGCCACCUCCAGAAUCUACCGAGGAAGGACAAGUGGAUGCAGAAGGCGCGCCAAUCGUGACCCUCAAGACGCGCCUGGAUAACCGUAUUUUGGAUUUGCAGACUGAGACAAGUCAAGCUAUCACUUGGAUUUCCAGCGGUGUUGCCCAAUUGUUUGCAGAAUUCAUGCUGAAGAGCGGAGCAAGAUGGAUUUUCACAUCAAAACUUUCCGGCACCGCUACCGAAGGUGGCUCUGAUGUUUUCGAGCUAGGCUAUUUCAAGAGGAAGGCCUAUCUCUCCCAGAGCCCUCAGCUAGGUAAACAGAUGUGUAUCGCGGGUGAUAUGAUGAAUGUUUUUGAGAUUGGUCCUGUGUUUAGAGCCGAGGAAAGCAACACUCACAGACACUUAACGGAGUUUAUCGGUCUCGAUUUUGAAAGAACGUUCCAACGCCACUACCACGAAGUUCUAUCGUUUGCGGAAGAGCUUUUGGUGUUCAUCCUGUCAGAGUUGAAGACUCGUUAUAAGGACCAAAUUGACAUUAUCCAAAAGUCCUAUCCCAAGGCCGGCGACUUCCGUCUACCAAAAGACGGUAAAGCUCUUCGAUUGAAAUAUAUGGAAGGAAUUGCCCUGCUGAAAGAAGCUGGCGUUGAUGUGUCUGAACAGGAGAGAUUCGAAAACGACCUUACCACCGCUAUGGAGAAACAGCUUGGGCGCAUUAUCCGCGAGAAAUACGACACCGAUUUUUAUGUCCUUGACAAAUUCCCGAGCGCUGUGCGCCCAUUCUACACGAAAUCAUGCCCCGACGACCCUACAUUCUCAAACUCUUAUGAUUUCUUUAUGAGAGGCGAGGAAAUCAUGUCUGGCGCGCAGCGUAUUAAUGAGGUCGAAGAACUCGAAGCCGCAAUGAGAGCUCGAGGGGUUGACCCCAAGUCUGAGGGGUUCGAAGACUACCUAGGUGCGUUCCGGCAAGCAUGUUCCCCUCACGCCGGUGGAGGGCUUGGGUUGAAUCGUAUUGUAAUGUUCUUCUUGGGUCUGCCCAACAUUCGACUGGCGACAUUGUUUCCUCGUGACCCCCAGAGACUACGCCCGUAG